UCAUACGAUUUCAAAUCCUCGUUUGAGUUGUGUUUCUUAAAAUAUUAAGCUGUCAAAGGUAUCAAGCAAACGACCCCUCCGAUUUAUGAACAACCAUUUCUGCAUUUCUGUUUCCUCUCAGACAACAACUCCUCAAAAAAAAAAAAAAAACAGAACAUUAAUUCUUGUACUAAUUUAAAAAGUGACACCACACACCUGCAACUUCAAUAACAAUCUUCUCCUUCAGUUUCUCUCUCUCUGCAGCUCAACACACCUGUCUGAUUUUACAUCAGCAAGCAACAAUGGCAACAUCCGUACAAUUUAGGCCACAUAACAGAGAUCUAGGGAUGGUGGUGAGGGAAGUUGAUGAAGAUCUAGCUAUUUUUUUGGGAAUGAAGAAUGGUGAGAAGGAGAGAAUUGUCCUUGCUCAUAUUGACAAUUUUGAGGAGUUUGAUGGCUCAACAAGCGCGGAGCCAAUGCCCGAUAGCUUCUUGUUGUUAAAUGGAUUGGGAGAAGAGGCAUUUCAGAGUUUGGCUGAUGACAGCUUGCUCAAUUUAGAGACUGGCAAGAAUGACCAUGAAUGGCUUCUCGCGCAGCAAGAUGCUCAGGACUUAGCAGCAAAUCAGGCUGAUGCAUCUAGUGGUGAAUGCAUUUCUCUGAAUUCUGAGCAGCUACCAAAAUCAAACAAUUUAGGCUCUUCAGCUUCUGCAAAUAGAAGGCCUCUAUCAUCUGGUGGCAGAAAGCCAUCAUCUCGAGCAGCAACGCCUAAUAGACGGCCAGCAUUGCCUGCAAAAUUGAAGCCUCGUGCCUCCACACCCACAUCUCGUGCUGCUUCAAAACCUGCAGCAGCAGCAGCAGCAGCUUCUGCUAAACCUGUGGCUUCUCAAGUGAGAACCUCGACUCCUUCAAGAGCUGCACCGAGGUCUUCUACUCCAACCUCUAGAGCUACCACGCCUGCAGCUAGCUCGAGGCCUGCAUCCACGUCUCGUGCUUCCACUACAGCUGCUAGAUCAUGCUCUGCUGCACCCACGCGCAAGCCAGCAACACCAUCAACCACAUCUAGCAAGUCUCCUUCGGAUGGAGCCUCUUCAAGGGGGAAAAAAAGCUCCAUAGUAGCCACAAAGAACCCGGUGGUACCAACACGUGGAGGCUGUGGUUCCUCGUCUAGGCUAUCAAAUCCCUCGGAGAUGCUCUCCGUGUCUCAUGAUGCCCCACAAAGUGUGAAAACAUCCAUGCCUAAAAGGCCUGCAUCUGCAUCAAGAGGGAGGCCUAGUGCCAUCUCGUCUCCUUCCAAAGGGAAACCGAGGCAAAAGUCAUGCUCCCCUACCAAAACACGGGCUACAGUUGGCAAUGCUUAUAAAAAUGGGAGCACGACACUAUCAAGAAGUCGAGGAUACAGCAGCCGCGCUGGUGGAGGUGGCGGUGAUGAUGUUAAUCCUGUUUUGAUGGGGACGAAAAUGGUGGAAAGAGUGGUGAACUCGAGGAAACUAGCUCCGCCUAAACAAGAUGAACUCAUCUCUGUCGAGAAUCCUAAGAGAUCUUCCCAUGAGAACUCGGGUUUUGGGAGAUCACUCUCUAAGAAAUCACUAGACAUGGCUAUAAGGCACAUGGACAUCAGACGAAGCGUUAACUCUGCUGGCAGCUUAAGACCAGUUGCAACUUCUGCUGUUCUGUCCUAUUUUUCCAAUGGCAAUCAAUCCAGUUCUUCUCAAAGCAGCUCUUUUGGGGUCUCGGAGUCUCCGGUCACAUCGUGCAGCGACAGUUCCAAGUCGAGCAAUGGCGUUAGCUCCUAUUUUUCUUGAUAGGAGAGGCUGGAUUUUCAUCAUCAACCAAAAAAAUGCAUGUUGAGAGAGCGAGAUGUGAAGAAGGUGGUUGUUAUGGUGUGAUAAUAUUGCAUUCGGACAUGUUUUCGUGAUGAUCCUUAGCAAUACUAAUGUUAAAAACUACUUUGUUCAUUAUUAAUUAAAACUGUCUGUAAUUAUGUAGAAUGAAAAGAAUAUCUCCUGAUUAUGUUGCAGCCAAAUGCAUAUAUGGCUCGUUUGCUACGUGGUAUGGAAUAAUGUGUGAUAUCUUUGAUUGAGAUAUCUAUUAAUUUA